UUUUUGCGCAGGUCCGUGAUGAUCGCAUCGUACUUGCUGUAGUCCCUGACGGUGGGGGUCUGCUUCUCAUACCAUUCCUUGAUCUGAAGCUCCAGCUUUGUGUUGGCGGACUCCAGCGUGCGCACCUUCGCCAGGUAGGAGGCCAGGCGGUCAUUCAGGUUCUGCAUCGUCGCCUUUUCACUUUUGGAUAUAGAGAAGUUGUCUCCGCUCCCGAGCGCCUGCGUCAGGUCAAAGCCGGAGCCCAGGUCGUUGGAAGCGUAAGAAACGCGGACAUUCCUGCCUCCGGCCCCUCCGUACACGCUGGUGCCGCGAGAGGCUCUAACGCCGGUGGACAUGGAGUAGAGGGACAUGGAUGAUAUUCCGGAGCGCGUGGAGCUCAUGGCUGCUGAUGAUGCUGCUGCUGCUGCUGCGGGUCUGGAGAGCGUCUCUGAGGCGGUGUGGGAGAACCGAUGCUGAGGCAGCUCGGAUGAUGGACUUUAUAAGCCUCCUGAUGUGGGAGCGGCCGAACAGCAAAAAUCAUCAGACCCAGACGCUCGUCGCGGCGCUGCCUUUGUUUCGCUGAGGAUUUUUUGACUGGGCAGCAAAUUUACUUGUCAUCUCUCUGCAAAGUGAAGGCCUCUUUGAUGAGAGGGCGUGGGAGUGUGCUGACAGACUACUUUGGUGUGACCAGGAGAACUACUCAACUAAAACAGCUUUGCCUCGUUUUUGAAGGGCCACGUUGAUUCAGGUAUCCAUGGACUUGUUACAGGACUCCAGCCAAAGCAUGUGGGACUUGAAUGCUCGACUGAAGAACUUCAUGGAGCAGGUGAACGGGCUGCAGGAGGCCAAUCGCCAGCUUGAGGCUCAGAUAGUCGAGUGGAGCUUCAGGAGCGCCUCACGCUCCCAGAACUGGUCCAAGCAAGAGCAGACUGUGAAGGAGCUCCGUUCCCAGAUUUGUAUUGUGCUCAUAGAGAAUGCCCAGUUGGCAUUAGAGUGUGACAACAUGAGAUCCAGAGCUUCUGCCAUCCAGGCCAGGUGUGAAACAGAGGAGAGAACCACCAGGCGUCUUGAACAGCAAGUGGCUUUGCUCCGAGAGGCAAAGAGGGAGGCAGAUGAAAGCAGUGUGACCCUGCAGGCCGAGUGCCACCGCUCCAUGACAGAGCUGCAGCAUAUGGACCAGGAGUUUGAGGCAGCCCAAGCUCUGCUGCUGCAGCGGGCCAGAUCCUGUGAUGCUCUGUUAGCAGCAGCAGCAGCAGGAAGGGAGGAGGAGGAUGGCACAGGGAUGGAGCUCACCCAGCUCCUCGACCAAAUCAGGGUGCAGUGCGACCAGAGCAGACAUACUGGCCUACCUGAGAGGCUCCUUGGUUUGGGAACGGCUUCCGAUCCAGCUGCUGGCUCAGUGGGGCCUGGCCGGUCUGAUAGUGGAGGAGCAGCAGCUUUCAGAACACACAGAGGAGCUCUUACUGAGGAGGAGGCAGCAUGGGCUCAGGUGAACCUGGGAGGAGCUGCCCUAAAGGAGGCCCGGGCCGAGCUCACCGAGGCCAGGAAGCAAUGGCGCUCCCUGCAAGUGGAGAUGGAAACUCUUCAUGCCUUGGAGAGAGGCCUGGAAUGCACUCUGCAGCACACCCAAGACCUCUACACAAGCCAGUUGCAAGACCUCUCGCAGGUGAUUCUUAGGCUGGAAGGUGAACUGGAGCAGGUGAGGGAAGGCCUGGCCACCCAACGCCAACGCCAUAGCCAACUGCUCAACACCAAGAUGAAGCUAGAGAGGGAGAUUGCCACUUAUCGACGGCUACUGGAACGUGAGGAGGGCAGGUACAUGCAGGGCCGUUGUGUGCAGCCGCUGCGUCUGCGACCCUGGAGGUCUCCUGUGUUGGAGCCAAAGGAGAAUGGAUUGGAAAACAGCUUUAGUGACUCUGUUGUUACUCCGGAUGAACCUAAAUCAGAGCCAUUGCCUGAUAUCCCAUCGCUCCUUCCUGCAGACCAGGAACUGAAGAAGAGCAAGCUGUACAGACAGCAAAGCCUGGUCAUACUCACAGAGCCAGAGCAGGAUAAAGACUUGCCAUUGGCCACUGUAAAGACACAGGAGAUCCUGCAGGGCAAAGUGGUCCAGGAGAGCGCAGAAGGUCACGGCACUAUUGAGACAGAGAAGAUUGACAAGGUGAUAAAGCAAUGGGAGGGCUCCUUCUUCAGAGGGAACCCCAAACUGAGGAAGAAGUCUGUGUCGCUGCGCUUUGACCUGCACAUGGCCGCAGCAGACGAGGGCUGUGCCCAGACCAAACAGGACAGCCUCCCUGACGUGGAGGUGCGGCUCAUCAUGAAAAGGUCCCGCAGCAUCUCCACCAUCACACAGUGACUCUCCCCGCUUCAAGAACACAUUCAUAUCUGGCUUGUAGCAUUGUGUGGUGAGGCCAGGGAUGGUGAGGCUCCAAAUGGAAGUGCGUCGAUCCUGCACCGACCCUCGAGAUGCAUCUAAUCAUUGGCAUCAUGCUUUCCAAUGCAAAAUUCACUUAAGCUAGCAUCACAGCUCAUGGCUGAAUUUACCCGUCGGAUCUUUGCUCUGGCAGGAUAGGUGUUAUAAACGAGGCUUUGUGGUGACUGUUUGAUAGAGCUGGAGAGGUUUGCGUUCAGGGCUGUAAAAUGUAAAUCAUAUUCUGACGUCAUCAGCUCAGAUAAAGAGAAAGUGUCUCUCCAAGUCUCAGACUUGACUGCAUUUGAGACAUUACAGACUAAUGCUGACAUUUAAUCCCAGUUAAAUCCUGCGUGAAGGUAGGAGGAGAUAAAUGCAAACAGACCUGUUUAAUCAGCUUCAAACUACCUGAGGAUGUAUUCAAGUGGUGGAUUUACAGUUUAGGUCUGUAUGAAAAGUGUGCAAGCAUUCAAAUAACAUGUUUUUAUUUUUUUUGUUGCCCCUGUCACCAGCAAAGAGGGCAAAAGUUUCUUUAUAUCUUUAAUUUAAAUCCACUUAUAAGUCAUAAUCUUAAUGGUGGAACUUUAUAGCCUUAUUCACAAGAUGACAGAGUUGUUUUAACAUCUAAAUAAAAUAGUUCUGAUGAACUUUAAUAGAAAGGCAGCAGGACAAUAGAAGGAAAGCAGAUGGUGUGAUUGAGUCAUUUUAAUCAGUUAAUUAAGCCCAACUAAACAGAUUGUGUUUCUGCUUAGGAUGUUGUUGACAUUAGAAGAAUGAUAACCUUACUAGAAUACCCAAACAUUUUCACCCUUUGUUUCUUAUAGUUAUUUAAAAGGUUACUGAUAAAUUUAUGUCUAUCCCCUCAUCUUUUCUUCUUUUUUUCCCCUGGUGCAAUAUCAUUAUAUCAUUAGUCUUUUAUUGUUUCUUGUGUCACACUGUAAUUUCUGUAUCUUCUUUGCAGCUACACUUACAGGAGUCCUUUUAACAGGAAAAUGCAGAUAAUUUAAGCAGUGCAAUUUACUAAAACAUUAGUCCAUCUUUACAUAGUUGUUGUAAGGAUACAAAAUUUGUUUUUAAAAAGUAAGAUACUGUUUUUCAGUUUCAGUGGGUAGAAAAUGUUUCACGUCAUCCCAGUUAUUUACGUUCUGUAGUUAGUUGAUUAAAAGAAAAGAAGCAAUAUCUACAGAUUAUGAUAUAAUCAAAUCAUAAAUGUCUAAAAUAUUCAAUAUUACAUCCAAACAUAGUUAAGGGAUGAUCUACCAUGACAGAGUGCAGCGCAGACUCAGAGCACUUAGUUGCACACACCAAAAUACAAAACAGUGUCGGAUUUCUCUAGUUUGGCAACCAGAGUUGUUGUCUUUAUCUGAGCCAAGUGCUGACUGGGUUCAUCAAUACUCCCUCGCAAAUUAACAAGAAUGUCUCCUAAUAUUUGUUUAUUGCUUAUUCUUAUUGGUUGAGGUUAGGCUUGUAGCUAAUGAUGGUUUGAUUUCAUAUUUAAAGUAAAGAAAAAACAAGUUUAAAGACAGAAACCCAAGGAACCUCAAAUACAAAACUCAUGGCAACAUGCGGCUAGAUGUUGUGCUCCUGUUCCAGCAAGCAUUUUCACUCUUAUCAGAGUAAUGCAGCUUCCAAAAUGCGAUCUAUCUACAGUUUUCCUCAAUGCUUUCUUUUUGUAAAAAGUUCCCAUAUUAUGACAUUACCCUUGGUGAGUGGAAGGGGUAUUGAAAUACAUAUAUACCUUCUGCCAUUUGGCUCCAGCACCAAGAAAAAAAACUUGCAGUUGCUGCUAAGUAAAGUAUUUCAAAAGGAGAGGAUGUUUGGGGCCUGAGAAUAAGUUCUGCUCCACUUUUCCAGGGCAGCAGGAUCUAUCGAGGCUGCAGAAGUUCCUAUUCUAUCAUUUGUUUGUGUUACCAUUAAGCAGCAACACAUACUUCUAACAGGUCCAUUUUUUACAAAACAAUCACUUCUCUGUUUACAAAUAUAUGCUAGAAACAUUCAUUUUGAAAUUAUCUGUUUUAUGAACCUGCCUCCAAAAUAUGAAGUUUACUCUGUAAUUUUACUAAAGGUCCAUUAAGCAGAGUUGUGUUUUAGUUUUAGACGGUUAACUGUAAAAAUUAUUGCAUAUAUGAAGCAAGUCUAGAUGUAUCUUUUUUGUUGUUGUUGUUAUUGUGCUAUUUGUGUUAUGUUGAAUUACACAUUGAGGAUUGAGGGUUUUAGCUCUCUUCUUGGAAUGGAAUAUUAGGUUAUCUUAUGAAAAGAAAACAGAUUUUAUAACAAACAGAGACAAAACAACCAAAUACAAACUUGCAAAGAGAUAUUCGCUUUUUUUAAAGUAGGGCAUUCCUGUAAUUCCUUUUCAUAGUAAUAGAAAAUACACAUGAUUUUAAGCUUGAUGGGAAAAAUAUGGAAAAGCUGAAAUAUUCCUAUUAUGCCUUAGUAGCUUUGGCUGACAUUUUCCCCCAUCCUAUCACUUAAAAAAAGCUGAAGCAUAAUGAUGGAUUGCCUCAUUUACCUGCAACAUGUGUUCAUUAAAAUAUCCAGUUUGAGUGCUUUGGUGGUGCUCCGUGAUUGCAGGUAAUUCUCAAACUUAUAAUGUAGAUAUAAUUGAUAUUAACAGCUGCGUCCAUUUUCCACACGUUUCCCUGAGAAUUUAUCUUACCCAUUUUCACCAGUAGAGGGCAGUGUUUAUUAAACUUUGCCGCUGCAGUGAAUCCAUCAGAAUGUAUCUGUGCUGCCUUAGAUUUAGAGAUUUUAACCUCAGAUUUAAGUCCAAAAUGUUUGAGAUAAAACUGGAGCCUCUUAUAAUCUUCAAGGGUUGUUCAAAAUAUCCGAAUCUAUCUUAUCUAUGCAUUCCCAUGCUUGAUUUUUGCUCUGCUUCAAGAAGCACACUACAGAUAUUAUUAUUUCAAAUAAAGAAGAAAAAUCUGCA